ACCAAGUUACUUCAACUCGUAAAAACCCAGUGCACCCAUCUGUGUUCAACAGUAACUGCCCAUAUAACUCAAGAAGGCAUUAUCACCAUUCACAAGCAAGACAUUUUGGUAAUACAAAAGGCCAAACUGUCAAAUAGCUGAAUAAUUUGGAAGGCAUCCUCACAAUUUUACAAUUAAUGCACUUACCAGGAAUCCCAUAUGUGCAAAAAUUUGGGAGUUUUUGGUCAUUUACUGAAAAUUCCAGAAGAAUUUGAUUAUCACGUGGAUGGUUGUGAUUUGUAACUGAAAAAAUUGUCUUGUUGGAGUCUGUUUGUUAGAUAAAUACAAGCCUAAGUUCCAGUAUUAUCCUGCACAAAAACACUCAAAAUCUUUCUUCAUGGCUUCCCCUGUAGAUCAUUCAAUAUGUGACAUCCGCACCAUUGUAAAGCUAAAAAAAAUGGCUUGUACAUGGCGCAAGCUAACCAGAAUUGGCGAAAAUAAACCACCACCAGAUGUCCCUCCAGGUCACCUAGCAGUGACUGUUGGGGAAGCCGGCAGGAGGUUUAUCAUAAAGGCAGAUUACCUGAAACAUCCAGUUUUCCGGCAACUGCUAGACCAAGCAUACGAAGAGUACGGCCACAGAAAAGAUGGUCCUUUGGUUAUUCCUUGCGAUGAGUUUCUCUUCCAAGACAUAAUCCAUUUCCUCAGAGGUGGUACAAGGGCGCACCAUUUUUCUUGCCAUGUGGCUGAAAAGAAACCAGAUUUAAACUUUUUGAGGGACUCGAGACCACUUCUUCAUGGAUUUGCAAACAGACCAGCAUGCUAG